AUGCUCCAGUGUGAGCCAAGCCCGCACCUGCCCCAGCAGCACAUCACUGAGGUCCGUACACCCCACCCCCUGCAUCUCAUGGUCUUCCACACUGCCAUUUUUGCCUGUCCCAACAGGUAGUUUACUUGGCAGACCCUUUGCCUGUUGGCUACGCGUUACCGAGGCAGAGAGAGAGAGAGAGAGAGAGAGAGAGAGAGAGAACCCUCCUCACCUCCCCAAUGUGUAACUGGAAGCCAGGGAGUUAGCAGUAGCCCCACUGUGGCUAACUACACAACCCCCCUACAACAUCCCGACAACCCCCCAGGCCUUAAUAGCACAAACACAGCCCCCAACUAGCUCCCCAGCCCUGGCCCCGGCCCCACCGCCACUCGCUGCUAUUAUUGACUAUCUCACAUCAAUUUCAGGGAGCCUCUUAUCUCGCCCGACACACAACCUUUCUACACUGUCAAAUCAGAGUAAUAUUUUGGCCUUUUAUAGGGAUCGAUUGGGCAGUUUUGGGGGGAGGCAAGGUGGAGCGCAACAAAGGUCAAAUGUAGCGCUAAAUCAUUUGAAGAUUCUUAAUGAAUGGUGUGUGGCAGAUGCACCUGCUGGUUUCAUUAUGAGAAGAGAGAGAGAGAGAGAGAGAGAGAGAGAGAGAGAGAGAGAGAGGAAGAGAGAUAUGGGCAGAGAAGAUAAGAGAGAGAUGAGCAUCUGAUAGUGUUUUGAGAGCCUUUUUUAGCUUUUGCUUUUCCGUGCGCUCUCUACUUCGCUCUCUAUAUCUCGGCUCUCUCUCUCUCUCCUCGCUUCUCUCUCUCCUCUCGUCUUUUUCCCUACUCUCUCUCUUUUCCCGCCCUCUCCCCUUCUCUCUCUCUCCUCUGCUCUCUCUCUCUCUCUCUCGUCUCUCCGCUCUCUUCUCUCUCUCUGUUUCUUGGUCUCCAUCUGAUCCUGGAGAAGAGAUUUGAGUGCACCAUUUUAACCAGCACGUUCACCAAGGUCAAUACGUGCCUACUAGUGCCGAUGCCAAUAUUAGCCCCUCCAAUCUCAAAUAAUCAUACGUCCCUAGUUUUGGAACCUUACAGUUGAGUGGCUGGACCAAGGUUAAACCCCACACUCUUAGAAAAAAAGAGUUCCAAAAACGGUUCUUCGGCUGGUUCCAUAGGAUAACCCUUUUUGUUCCAGGGAGAUCCUUUUUUGGUUCCACGUAGAACCCUUUUGGGUUCCAUGUAGAACCCUCUGUGGAAAGGGUUGUACAUGGAACCCAAAAUGGUCUUACCUGGAACCAAAAGUGGUUCUUCAAAGGAUUCUCCUAUUGGGAUAGCCAAAGAACCCUUUUAGGUUCUAGAUAGCACCUAUUUUUCUAAGAGUGCAGGAAGAAAAAAAAUAUCCCAGUACUGUAUAUUGGAAAAAUAGUGAACAAAGUAUUUUUUAUUAAUGCACAGUAUGCUUGCUUGCCCUAGGGGACAUGUACAUUAUGUUAAAUAUGAUGGAAGGUUUAUGGUUGUAUCUGAAAAGAGGACAUUACCGAUAUAAAUAGAACAACUUCAUAUGACUGUGUGGCCGUACUUAUGCAUGCAGACCGCAAACAACACAGACGCAAUAUCAUCAAUAAGACAAAUGUCCAGUCAUGUAGUAUCUGGAAAGCUAUAAAACUGUGAGCUUGAUGUUCGAUGAGAGGACCUUGCUAAUAUUGAUGUUAACAACAGGCCUAAUGGCAAAUGAGCAGCGCAUGCUGAACCAUUAAACCAUCCAAUCACAUUAUCAUGCAUGACUUGUUUCAGACUUGAGAAGUGAACUCUAGUUCUUUAGUUCAUUAUCUAAACAUACAUAUAGUAUCUGAUAGUGACUGUGUGGCAUGUCAUGUUGAUGAUGAUGAUGUUGACAUAUUAACUGCUGGAGGUCUUGCAGACAGAGGAGGGUUGGUUGGUUGGUUAAGUGUGCGGUCCCUCUCUCCUCAGAACGGCUCCGAUUCUCUCCCCCCCCAGGGCGCGUCCUCCAGCCUGGUGGUGAAGUUUGCCGACACCGACAAGGAGCGCACCAUCCGCCGCAUGCAGCAAAUGGUUGGCCAGUUUGGCAUCUUCAACCCAGCCAUUGCCCUGCCCUUCAGCACCUACAGCACCUACGCACACGCAGUGAGUUAACUAACACAACCCAUUACCCCUCUUACCUCCAACACCCCCCAGGGCAGGGCCGUGAGUUAUCUAACACAACCCCCAACCCUCCAUACCCCUCUUACCCCCCAACACCCCCAGGGCAGGGCCGUGAGUUAUCUAACACAACCCCCAACCCUCCAUACCCCUCUUACCCCCCAACACCCCCCAGAGCAGGGCAGGGCACCAUCCACACAUGGCAGACCCCAGGCUCUUUGAUGAACUCACCUGGCCCAUGCUGCUCCCCGCUCUGCUCCCCUCUCCUCUCACCAGGGGCCAGAGAUGACUCAGAAUAUUUCAUAGGAAUCUUAUCUCCACACACACCUCUUUAGCCUGCAUCCAGAGUUACCGCCGCUUAAAGGGAGCUGAAAUGGGUUCAGUCCGACACGGAUAAAUACCUUAACCUUAGUCACAGCAGACUGCAUAAAUAUACACACUAUGUAUAUAUUUAUAAAAUAAUGACGUUCUUUCUUUAUUUACUUAUUUGUACGGACGGGCAGAAUUUCUUUUUUCUUCUCUAAAUGCCAGGAUACAUUUUUGAGGCUGCCCAGGUCUCGGGGGCUUCCCCAUUUUCCUGAUGUUCAUAUCACAGGCAUGGGGACCAGUAUGAAAUGUGUAAAUUGACGGUCCCAGAGUAAUUGCGAGGCCAUCUCUGUGCUCUCUCCAGUUAAACUCCUACCUUCAUUACAAUUCAUGAAAUGCAGCACAUCCCCAGGAAAUGUGGAGAAAUGCAAAUGUUUCAGGAGUGGUGGUCUGCUGGGAGAGCAUUGUGUCCCGCUCAGGUUGGCCAUGACUCUUAUUUACUGUGGCAGAGCCCCACGCACCCCAUCACACACACACACACACAUAUGCAUGCAUACACACAUAGCUACACACUCUGUCACCAACUCUAUGCCACACAACAACAUGUGUCUUGUUUUUCCAGGCACUGCUGCAGCAUGACAAUGAGGUGGGUAUAUGCCAAUCCAUUGCUUAAGUUUUAUGAAUGAUAAGUUUCUAGUCAUGUUAGAUAUUUGAUCAUUAUAGUUACAUUUAUUAGAUAUUAGUUACAGUCAUUAUUGUUAUAGUUAUUAGAUAUUAAUUAUUAGUUUCCGUUAUUAUAGUUAUAGUUAUAAUAAGUAAAAAUGCAGCUAGUUGUGUUUUAUUCCACCCUACACAUUUUAUCUAAUGAAUUCCAUUACUUAAACCAUGCUUUCAGUUGGCACAGGAACAAUGUUAUUAUUCAACAGUGUGGAGUUUCCACUCUGCAGUUUUGAUUGAAUACCACAGAAACCCUAGAUUAUUGCAGCAUGUGACAGUCUUUCCUGUUUAUUGGGUUGGAAUGAACUGCAACAGGGUUAUACACUUUAAAUGUUUCUUUACUUUAUAAUAAACUACUACACCCUCCCCAAGAAGAAAACCCACAAUGAUACAGAAUAACUUUAUUUUAAAAGUAUGUAUUCCUCCAUAUGUUUUCCAGUAUAUAUAACUAGCAGGGUAUGGAAUACAGACAUCUACAGGGAUCGUAUAUAUACACAGUACAGUAAAAUGCAAAUUCAAAGAGCUGCUUCACAAAUACAGCAGUGGAUAGGAUUAUAGAGUUGAGCUGACAGCCUGUAAAUUGGAUUUUAGUCAAACCAGGGGAGGGGGGGUUGUGAACACAAAUUGGAGGGAUACAACACUGACAACAUGUGCCAAAAAUGAGAAAUGUGCCGUUUUCAAGAUAGACGCAGCACUGUUCUGACAGAUGACAUCCCAUUUGUGAUUUCACGAAACAUAGGGAGAGAGAAGGAAGAUAUUCCUAGACCAUUCCAAAUGGCUGAUAAUAGUUGUUUUAAAGAAGCAGUGUAAAUACACGAUAAACCAGCUACCCAUUUUCCCUGUCAUCUGUUGCCUGUCAAUACACAUGGAGCAUAUUUGUACAUGAUUCGAUUUGUUUUGUGUUGCUUGCUUCCUCUCAUCUCAAUCCUUGUGUAUAUUCCUGAGAACAGCCAUUUCAGCUUGCUGUCUCAGAAAUGCUACAUGCCAUGUCAGUGUGAGAAGGGAAGGCUUGGAGAUGUGCGACACUAGAUGCACAAACUCAUUAUUAGAUUAUUAGAUUGAAUGUGAGAAAAAUGUAUGACUUGAGAAAAUAGUUGUUUUAACAGUGUGCAAAUGGUAAAGUUAUGUGUGGGUGAGGGGUAGGAGGCGCGUGAGUGUAGUACUCACAUUGACAAACAUCGCCCCCUGUUGGAACUAGUCAGAAUAUAUAUAGCUGAUCCUUUCCAACACAACCCAACCCAACACAGAUCAGGAAAUUAGCAACUAUAAAAACUCAAUGUAAAUUGAGAAUGUGUUUUACAUUAAAUCCAGCUAUUUCAUAAAAGAGAGGACCUAACAACUGAUAAUGAACUGAUUGGCCUGUCCUCUCGUCUUACCAAAACCACCAAUCAGUUCAUUGCACAAGCAGGAACUAUGCACAGCCAAUAAGGAGGAGGAUGUUUUAUAUAAUGCCUAAUUAAAGGUUCCAAACAUAAUACAAGAGAGAAAACAUUUAUUUAGGUAAGGCUACUGUACAGAUCUGGACAUUUAAUUUAAAAUGACCUUAUAAGUGGGACACCCUCCCAAACCAAAACACACACACACACCACAACACACAUGCACGCACGCACACACGCAUGCACACACACACACACACACACACACACACACACACACACACACACACACACACACACACACACACACACACACACACACACACACACACACACACACAGUAAAGUGCAGCAGGGAUUAAACAAACACUAUUAAAACCCCACUAAGGAGAUACAUGAUGGUAACAAAUGAAGCCAUUAAGCACAGGCCAGGCAAUUGCAGUGGACUCCAUUGUUUUCAGGUUUUCUCUGCUGGAGUGCACACCAGUCUGCAGUUUCAGGCAAUCUGCAGGUCCAAGACCUCAAUAACCGGGUUCUUUCCCCCCCCCCCACACACACACACCAUUCUCUCCUCCUCCUCAGUACCUGUGCAGGACUGGCUGGAAGGUUAGGUGCUGAGAGUUAGCAAGUCACAGAGUAGUGCUACAGAGAUAAUUGCCAUGUGAUAAAGAGGUGAUUGCCUGCUGGAACCAGGGGAGAAUAAAACCAUCAGGUUGCAACAAAAUAGCAGAUGCCUGACAGUAAAUGGAUGCUGUAGCACGGGCAACUUGUUCCCUGCUUCUUUUCUUCUCCCUUCGUUUAUUUUAUUUUCUUCCUUUUUUUCACAUUUCGUAGCGAGAAAAAGUUAUGGCCAUGAUGAUGACGACUCAGUUCAAUGCAAUUUAGCUCUUUGUCUGCCACAGACAUUUUGCUAUCUACUGCCGAGGAUAAAUAUACUGUAGCAAUGGCUUCUGAAUAUGGAUGAACGUUGUAGAAAAAAGAAAAAGAAAAUGACUCUGAAUAUCUCUGUCAACACUUCCAGUUGGUGGACCAAGGCUUUUUAUCAGAGCCAGUUUGUGUUACCCACUCUCAUUCCAACAUAAUUACAGGCCUGAGCUUCCAACUUGCUGCAUUUUAAUUCUGAAAAAGCAUCACUGAAUGCCAUGUUGUUAUGCAUGACAGUAUGGCGGCUGGCAUGAAGGACUGCAUUAUCUAUGCAAUGCAUGUAAAGUAACGGCGGCCUUCCACCCCACUCUGUUAUUCUACCAUCUAGGCCUGCUGCAGCUUGUAUAGGCCACUGGCAAAUGGAUUGCAAGCUUAUUCAAGUAAGCCCAAGCCCCAAGCUCCUAUUGAAAGCAGGCAGAAGAACCUGAGAGGGGGACAAAAGCCAGUGACGGGUGUGACAGUAUGCUCUAACACAGGGGCCAAUGAGAUCAGAGGCCCUCUACCCCAAAUCUCCAACCCUAGUCUGAUCUUAAUGAGGGCAUUAACACCAUCCCUAUCCUACACCAAGCACAGCUCUCACAUUGACUUCCUCUCAUUGUUUGUUUUCUUUUUUCUGUUGUUUGUGAUUUGGUUUAGAUGUCCUUUUCUGAACCCCUAAAAUCUCAAUUUAUCUUAUUCAAAGCAGAAUGGAUGAUCCCCAUUUGUCACAUUGAUACAAUUAUGCAAAUGACAAAAGGAGUUAAUAGAUAGUGGUGGCAAGGCAUGUGGCUAAUGGAUGAGGUGCCAGCGGCGCCCGUUUUGUGGCGGGACAGCCGCUUUCAGGUUAACUGACAGGGGCAUUGAGGGAAAAUAAUUGGCUUUUCCUAUCCAGGGACUCCACGCAAAUACAGGGAGAGUGGCAUCUUCUGCCUCAACAGCACAAUAUGGUCAUUAGCAUCAGAGCUAGCUAUAGUGGCAGAGUGAUUUCUGCUUAGCUGUGUCUGACUCGGGGGGGGGGGGGGAAUAGGGAGCGAUGGGAUAGUCCCAUCUUGAUCAUGUUUUUCCUCCACAUAGCUGCAUCCCUGAUCAUGAAGUACAUGCCAGCAUUGAUUUCCCAGAUAAACCCACUGGUCCAGAGGUUGCAAACACCAUUGUACAAUGAUGGAUUUUCUCUGGAAUUAGGCCCUCUGUAGCUGCACUGCAGAGAGAAAACUGAGAUGAGAAAUACUAGGUGUGUAUGUGGGUAUAUUCUAGGCAGUAUUGGAUAGAGAAUGGGUUUAGCUGUGUGUGUGUUAAUGCUAAGUGGUAGAGGGUGUCAGCCCAGUUCUUUAUCAGUGUGUCCAGUGUAAAUGGACUGCCAUUACAGGUCGUUGCUAAUGACACGCCAGUGGCACCGCAGCAAAUUAAAAAGAGCUCAACGAGCGGAGCCACUGAGAGAUGUCACUGUCACUGCCCCUCCACUUUACCUUACACAACCAGAGAGGGACACUCACAGAGAAGUUUGACCAAGGAAGAUAAAUGCAAUUCAAUUCAAUUCUCCCAGGUCCCUAGAGACAGGAAUAAUAUGCACAUGUCAAUCCGUUGAUUUAAAUGAGCCCAACAGACAGCUAUUGAAACAUUCCUACAGCUGCUGACAGCCCACUCACUGUGAGGAUAGACAGAUUCACUAAACAUCGCUUUACAGACUUUUAUUUUCUUCCCUUUCUAUUAUUCCCGUUCUACUUUCUGUUCACUUUCAUGCACUAUCCAUCCAUCAACUCCCAUCUUUCCCUCCCUCUAUUCUAACCUUCCUAUGCUCAUCUCUCCGCUCUCUCUCUCUCUCUCUCUCAAUUCAAUUUCAAUUCAAAUGGCUUUAUUGGCAUGGGAAACAUAUGUUUACAUUGCCAAAGCAAGUGAAAUAGAUAAUAAACAAAAGUGAAAUAAACAAUACAAAAUUAACAGUAAACACUACACUCACAAAAGUUCCAAAAGAAUAAAGACAUUUCAAAUGUCAUAUUAUGUCUAUAUACAGUGUUGUAGCGAUGUGCAAAUAGUUAAAGUACAAAAGGGAAAAUAAAUAAACAUAAAUAUGGGUUGUAUUUACUCUCUCUCUCUCUCUCUCUCUCUCUCUCUCUCUCUCUCUCUCUCUCUCUCUCUCUCUCCCUGUCUCUUUCUCCAUCCUUUCCUCUCACUCUUUUCUCUCUAUCCUCUCGCUUUAUUCAAAUUAUUUCUCACUGCCCAGCCCUCAUUUCCCUGUCUUUCUCUAUUCUCCCACCAUCCAUACUAACCUUUUUCCCUGUCUCUCCCGCCUGCUCCCCCAGCUCAUGCAGCAACAGGCAGCCAUCAUGGCAGCGAGCCACGGAGGCUACCUGACUCCCAGCGUGGCCUUCCCCGCCACCCAGAUUCACCAGAUGGGGGCGCUCAACAUCAAUGGUCUCCCACACAACUCCAUGACCCCGGUGUCGGCUGAAUUUCAUCAGGCGCUGGGUGAGCAAUGGGUUUCAUUCCCUUUGGGUGAGUGUUUGUGUGUGUUUAUGUGAGUGUGGGGAGUUUCGGAAAUGGGUGAGGGAAGAGGGAACUCAGACUGCAGCAAGGCCAAGAGAAAAGAGUAGAUUUAGUGCCUGCCUACUACUGAUAAUCCCACAUUUUAGAAAAAAUACAUCUGAUGUGAUUUGCAUAUUUCUGUUGUGUAUGCAGAUAUAUUUUGGUGCGAUAAAUCGAAUCGGGAGCAUAAUAGAUACGUUUACAGGUACAGGCACUCAUUUCCCCUCCGUCACUGGUUGAAUCAACGUUGUUUCCACGUCAUUUCAAUUAAAUUACAUUAAACCAACGUGGAAUAGAUGUUGAAAUGACGUCUGUGCCCAGUGGGGAUCUGCAUGCAAUUCUCUCUGUUUUCCAUUACAAACGGCCCCAUCAUUCUAUACAGACACAUUAAAGGGAGCGCAGCAGAGGACUUUGAGAUAGCUUCUGCAUAACAUUUGCUUAUUCAGCAAUACUUCAUUUUUGUGAACCUGAGGAACCCACAAGAUCUUCUCUCACAAAGCAUGCAUCGAAAUGAAUAAUACACAAGUCUUUGUUGUGUUUAUUUGUAUUUUUUCCCGACAUUGCAGUAUUGUGACUUUGGUAACUGUAUAACUGAAUAACUGUAUAUCAAUGAGGGAAUCAACAAUCAAGAUGGUGCAUCAGUCUGACAUGACACAUUUUAAAGAACCUUUACUUUCUACUGUGAAAAUCAAUAUCACAGAAUGGGUUCUGUCAGUGACCAUCUCUCUCUCUCUCUCUCUCUCUCUCUCUCUCUCUCUCUCUCUCUCUCUCUCUCUCUCUCUCUCUCUCUCUCUCUCUCUCUCUCUCUCUCUCUCUCUCUUGCUCUCUCUCUCUCUCUCUCGCUCUCUUUCACACAAUACCCCAUAAUGACAAAGCAAAAAUAUGUUUUUGGAAAUUUUUGGUAAUUUAUUACAAAUAAAAAACUGAAAUAUGACAUUUACAUAAGUAUUCAGACCCUUUACUCAGUACUUUGUUGAAGCGCCUUUGGCAAUGUUUACAGCCUCAAGUCUUCUUGGGUAUGACGCUACAAGCUUGGCACAGCUGUAUUUGGGGAGUUUCUCCCAUUCUUCUCUGCAGAUCCUCUCAAGCUCUGUCAGGUUGGAUGGGGAGUGUUGCUGCACAGCUAUUUUCAGGUCUCUUCAGAGAUGUUCGAUCGGGUUCAACUCCAGGCUCUGGCUGGGCCACUCAAGGACUUUCAGAUACUUGUCCCGAAGCCACUCCUGUGUUCUCUUGGCUGUGUGCUUAGGGUUGUUGUCCUGUUGGAAGGUGAACCUUUGCCCCAGUGUGAGGUCCUGAGCGCUUUGGAGCAGGUUUUCAUCAAGGAUCUCUCUGUACUUUGCUCCGUUCAUCUUUGCCUCAAUCCUGACUAGUCUCCCAGUCCCUGCCGUUGAAAAACAUCCCCACAGCAUGAUGCUGCCACCACCAUGCUUCACCGUAGGGAUGGUGCUAGGUUUCCUCCAGACGUGACGCUUGGCAUUCAGGCUAAAGAGCAAUCUUGGUUUCAUCAGUCCAGAGAAUCUUGUUUCUCAUGGUUUGAGAGUCUUUAGGUCCCUUUUGGCAAACUCCAAGUGGGCUGUCAUGUGCCUUUUACUGAGGAGUGGCUUCCGUCUGGCCACUACCAUAAAGGCCUGAUUGGUGGAGUGCUGCAGAGAUGGUGUCCUUCUGGAAGGUUCUCCAUCUCACAGAGGAACUCUAGAGCUUGCAGAGUGACCAUCAGGUCAUUGGUCACCUCCUGACCAAGGCCUCUCCCCCGAUGGUCAGUUGGCCUGGCGGCCAGCUCAUUUAAGAUGUGGGCACUGUGUUCUUGGGACCUCAACGCUGCAGAAAUGUUGGUACCCUUCCCCAGAUCUGUGCCUCGACACAUCCUGUCUCGGAGCUCUACUGACAAUUCCUUCGACCUCAUGGCUUGGUUUUUGCUCUGACAUGCACUGUCAACUGUGGGACCUUAUAUAGACAGGAGUGUGCCUUUCCAAAUCAUGUCCAAUCAAUUGAAUUUACCACAGAUGGACUCCAAUCAAGUUGUAGAAACAUCUCAAGGAUGAUCAAUGGAAACAAGAUGCACCUGAGCUCAAUUUUGAGUCUCAUAGCAAAGUGUAAGGGUUGGGGUGAGGUGUGACCCAGGUGCGGUGCAGGAUAUACAGUAGGCAGUAGGCAGAGAUGGUGAAACAAGGAUCUUUACUGGUGGUCCCGAAGUCAGAAUACAAAAUAACGAACUUAUCACGAUAAAAGAAAGGCGGAGCAAAUAACUCUCCAAAAACCGGCUGACAGCCAAAAUACGAAAUACUACCUACGACUGAAACAAAUAACGAAACAGGGAGAACACUUCUCAAGUAUCUGUUUAUAGGUCUCCGAUCAGACACUGAGUAGUACUGCUGGACAUAGAGAAACUAACAGAGAAAACUGAGCAAGGGAACACAGGGAAGUGUGGGCAUAAAUACACAGGUGAACAGGUAGACACAGGUGACACCAAUAGGAUACUGAUUAGUCCAGACUGUGAGUGAGGAGGUGCCUAAGGUUGUCGGAGGGGUGGGUCGCUCCGGAACUGCGACCCCCUCCUGUAACAGCAAAGGGGCUGAAUACUUAUGUAAAUAAGGUAUUUCUGUUUUUUAUUUUUAAUACAUUUUCAAACAUUUCUAAAAACCUGUUUUUGCUUUGUCAUUAUAGGGUAUUGUAUGUAAAUUGCUGAGGAUUUUUAUUUAUUUAAUACAUUUUAGAAUAAGGCUGUAACAUAACAAAAUAUGGAAAAAGUCAAGGGGUCUGAUUACUUUCCCGAAGGCACUGUAUAUAUGCACUCAAGUUAAGCGUUGUCGUUGGAGGAGGCUGGAGAGGGUCUAUUUGUCAAAUAUUCACAGUGAAAUUUUUUGUGCAAAGUGGGCACUUUUUUUACACACGGAUAAUCAAUCAAAGACAGUGAUUAAAAGUGCUUCUUCUCUGUUGAUAAUACAGGACAGAAUUAUACUGCAUCGUAUGUGUUGCGUUUGACUGCAGUAUAA